UUGCUAUACGUCUUGGGCAUAUAUACCUUCACGAGAGGAGAAAGAGAGAGAGAGAGAGAGGAAGAAAAAAAGCCUUUCACUUUUGGCGAGUUCGUGACUCCGCGUUCGUGAAAUGCCGUGUAGACUCGCUUAUUAGUACGGGCCCGUAUUUGGCUGUGUCAACAGGUGCGACGUUGCAGAGUGUUAUACCUCAUUUGUUAUAAUACACAGUGCGCAAAAACAGCAGCCGCCUUUCCGUACGUACAAAAAUAAACACAGAGAUCAAAAGCCAACAAUACGAUCUCAUCGAUCUCAAUCUCCGAUGCUGCUGCUGCUGCUGCGUCGGAUCUCCUCGUGCUGAGGUUUUCAUCGAUCGACGCAAAAGUAUACAAACACAAGCUACCGAGCGCGGCCGUAUCGCUGCCAGACGAAAUCGACUAACGGCUUAUGUUCUGCUCCGUCGUAUAGACAGGAUCGGCCGGCGAGUCGUCGCUCGUUACAUAUAAAAUAUAUCGAUACGGACCAGGCCUUAUCUAGAUACGCGCGAUAAAUAGUCUACGUGACUGAAAAUGACGCACUUUUUUUCAUAUGCAACCGUUCUCGGCCGAUUCAAGCAGAACGUGUGAAUUAGCCAACGCACACAUAUUAUCUCUCGACGAAGAUUUCGACUGCAGUAUACUGCUACCAUAUACUGUAUAUACGACCGCAACGAGUAUCAUUACGUUUUUAGAAAGUGUGAGUGCGAUUGCGCGCGGGUGUUGUAUAUUCAGGAGGAGAAAUCUCAUUAAUACCGGUGUCUGUGUGUACAUUGUGAGAUAAGUACAGCUAUAAUAUAAUAAUGACGGCCGGCAUGUCGCAAAUGAUGAACGGGAAAAAAAACGAGGCGAAGAGGGAGGAGGAAAAAUUACCCUCGGACAAUACCCAGAGGGUCGUGUUCUUCUCGCUGCUGAUGGACUUGUUGGCGUUCACGAUGAUACUACCACUGUUUCCGGCGCUGCUCGAUCACUACCGCAGCGUCGACGACGGCCAGGGACUCUACUCGGUCAUCCAGACGCAGAUCCAGAAAUUCAGCAGCUUUCUCAACGCCCCCGAUAAAGUCACCACGGUCCUGUACGGAGGCUUCCUGGGCUCUCUGUACUCGUUCCUGCAGUUCCUCGGCUCGCCGAUCGUCGGGGCCUUAUCCGACGUCUACGGGAGAAAACCGAUGAUGCUGCUCUGCUUGGGCGGCAUCGCCCUGUCGCACCUGCUCUGGGCCCUGUCGAGCAACUUCGGCAUCUUCAUACUCGCCCGAGUGAUCGGCGGCAUCAGCAAGGGAAACGUCAGCCUGUCCAUGGCGAUCAUAUCCGACGUCACGACCCAGAGCACGAGGCAAAGGGCAAUGGCCCUCGUCGGGAUCGCCUUCUCCGUGGGCUUCGUGAUAGGGCCGAUGAUCGGGGCGUACUUCGCCAAGGCGACUAUGCUGGGCGGCCGCCAAGGACCCUGGUACGUGGUGCCCGCCCUGUGCGCCUUCCUCCUCGCCGCCUGCGACCUGAUUUACGUGGCCUGCUGCAUGAAGGAGAGCCUGCCGGCCAAGGGCAGAGUCAAGUCCCUGUCGACUGGAAUAUCGGGGGCGCUCGCCUACAUCAAUCCGACCGAUCUGUUUCGAUUCAGCAGCGUCAGUAAUCUCACCGACACCGCUACCAAACAAUUGCGCAGCUUGGGAAAGGCUUACUUCUUCUACCUGUUCAUUUACAGCGGAUUGGAGUUUACUCUGACGUUCUUGUGCCAUUAUACCUUUGGCUUUAGCCGCAUGCAACAAGGUUGGAUGUUUUUGGGAAUCGGCACGACCAUGGCACUCCUGCAGGGUUGCUGGGUCAGGAGGAUCCCACCUCAAAGGACUCAAUUCUACGCAGAAUUGGGUUUGUGGCUGGUCGUACCGUCGUACGUGAUCGUAGCUUUGGCCAAGAGCAUCUGGACUCUCUGCUUCGGAAUAUUUGUUUACUCAGUCUCUACUGCCAUGGUGGUGACCUGCAUGAUGACCUUGGUCUCGAGAAUCGGCCCGGAAAAUCAAACGGGCGCCAUAACCGGUAUAUUCCGCUCGCUCGGUGCGUUGGCUCGGGCCUGCGGUCCAAUCGUCGCGUCGAUCGCUUUUUGGAGCUUGGGCAGUUCGACGACGUACUUGAUCGGAGCGGCCGCUCUGGUGGUGCCGCCAUUGAUAUUGCGAAAAAUACGUAUAUAACUCGACGACCCCUUGGAUAGGUCGUCCUCUAGACAAUAGACAAAGUAGAAGAAAACUUAUGCAACGAGUAGAUUUUGUAUUUUUAUAAAAUACGUCGUCAUCUCGUUAGAGGAUGCGUUACGUAUGACGUUUUUGUAUAUAAUAGUAGAUUAUAUAUAUAUUUUUAUUUUAUACUUUGUAUUAUAAUGCGGCACAGCGAUCGAGAGUUUUUUUGCCGUGCAAGUGUCGAACGACGAGACAGUAGCGAAUCCCGCAUGGUUCUUUUGUCACGCGCACCUCGUAAUACGUGUGUGUUACGGUGCGCUUUAGAAUUUAAAAUGCUUCAAAAAUCGAUGCGACAUUCGCCGCUUGUGUUGCACGUAUACGUCGUCUUCGCACACUGUGCACGAGACCGACUGAGCUCGAUCCGCCGCUGCUUUUCCAUGACCAUUAUAUAUAUGCGUAUAUUUUUAUUUGCCAUGUAUACACGAUCAUGAAGUCCGUCCACGUUUAUAUGAUAUUUAUGUAUAUUUUUUAGUAAAUAACGAAUUACGAUGUUGCUUGUAUACACGUGCUAUACAAAUAAUCGUUGAAUAAACAUUGAUAUAUAUAUUUUUCAUUUA